GACGCAUGGCAUGGUCAUGGUGGAUCGAAACGCGUCGAUUUUUAGUUAAUGUUUUUUUUUUGUUUUGUUUGUCUUUAAUGAAUUGAAUUUCUUUAGAUAACAAUUAAUAGAUGUGAAUAUAACUACUUAAACAUAAAACAACCACAAAAUUGUACAAAAAUUGACUAAAAACAAUUUCUUUCAAACAAAAUUUGAAUGCUACGAAUAUUGUGACCCGCGAGGUUAAAUUAAACAGCUAUCAAAAUCGAAGCAAGAUGGUUCAGGCAAUUGAAGAAACUGAAAAUCCUGAUCUACCUCAAGCGGUGCGGCUGCUCAAGGAGAUGAACACAAAUGUGCAGCAAGUGUCGCAACUUGUAGACAACAUGUUGGUCCGAGUCAGAAGUGGAGAACUAUCAACUGACAAAGGAUUGAGUUUUCUUGAGAUGAAAUAUCAAAUGUUACUAAGUUAUUUAAUCAAUUUAACAUAUAUUGUUCUUCGCAAAUGUUCAGGUGAAAGGAUUGAAUCAGAUCCAUCAAUUGAUAGACUAGUUGAAAUAAGGACAGUAUUGGAGAAAAUUCGUCCCAUAGACUCUAAGUUGAAAUAUCAAAUAGACAAACUAGUGAAGACUGCAGUUGUUGGUUCAGUUACUGAAGAUGACCCACAGUCAUAUCAUGCUAAUCCCGAUAACUUAGUAAGCAAAAUAGAUGAUAAUGAUAAUACCAGUGAUGAAAGCGACAAUGAAGAAUCCAGAAAAGAUAAAAGUAGUAAAUCAAAUAUAUACGUACCUCCAAAAUUAGCAGCAGUUCAUUUUGAUGAGAGCACUUCAAAGGUUGAAAGUGAAAAGAAAAACAAAGAGAGGUCAAAGAAACAAUUCCUUAAUUCUAGUGUAAUGAGGGAACUUCGCGAUGAGUACUCUGAAGCACCUAUGGAAGUAACCACAGGGAAUCAUGUGAAGCAUUCUAUAUCUAAAUAUGAGCAAGAAAAGACUGAAUAUGAAGAGAACUAUUUAACACGUCUACCCGUUACUAAAGCUGACAAGAACCGUAGAAAAAAACUAACAACAGUGGGUGUACUUGCUGAUGAGAUAACUGGAUCUCGACAGACAUCUAGAAAACAUAAGCUGAAAUCCAAAAAAGGUAAAGGUUUCAAAAGAAGGCGAAUUCAUUGAAAUCUGUUUAUAAAUAACUUGUAUUUUUAAUGUAAUGGAAAUAAAAAAUAAUGUAUC